AAAAAAUGGAGCUAACCGUUGACGUUGACAGAAAAGAUGAUGGUCGAUGGCGGAGUGCUCUUAGUCUGUGAGGGUCUGAGAGAGAGAUAGUUGCGACUAAGACAGUGAGAGAAUGAGAGACCCGAGGGAGAGUGACGAGAGAGAGUUCAGACUGAAUAAGUAGUUGAUUGCGGGGAUAUUUUUAUCCAAAAAUUUUAAACCUUCAUAUUUAUAUUUAUCAGUAACUGUCUUCGCAUUUUAAAACAUUUCACAUAUUAUAGGCAUAUACAUUGAAAUUUCCCUGUCCAAUUCCAUCAUCGGCUAAAUCCAACACGGUGCCCCUCCGGCAAAGCCACAUUAUUAUUUAUUUUUCUCAAAUUCACACAAAAACCCUAAAAUUCUCAGUCUUCUGCCGCUCCAGUUGGCUCCUCCGGUCAACCCAGCUCGCUACUUCUCGACACUUCUCCGCUAUCAGACAGAUGUUAAAGUUGAAAGUUUUUCAGAUUUAGAGCAAUGACAAUGAAGCCAUCAAGUAAUAUAUGGAUUGGACGCCAACAAUGCCCAUGUGGAGAUUGGAAGUGUUACAUUAAGUUUGAAGGAAGUGAUCAAGCCUCGGUGAGCUCUCAGCAUGUGAUGACUGAGAUGAUAACAUCGUCUUCGCCUGUAGAAGCUGUCUUUACUCCUUAUGUGGGUCAAAUUUUCAGAAGCGACGAUGAUGCAUUUGAAUACUACAGCAAUUUUGCCCGCAAGAAUGGGUUUUCAAUCAGAAAAGCACGCUCAACAGAAAGUCAAAACUUGGGGAUCUAUAGAAGAGAUUUUGUUUGUUAUCGAUCAGGAUUUAAUCAGCCACGGAAAAAGGCUAAUGUUGAACACCCAAGGGAGCGAAAGUCAGUAAGGUGUGGAUGUGAUGCAAAGCUGUAUUUGACUAAGGAAAUUGUUGAUGGUGUUACACAGUGGUAUGUUUCACAAUUUAGUAAUGUUCAUAAUCAUGAAUUGUUGGAAGAUGAUCAAGUUCGCCUACUUCCUGCAUAUCGGAAAAUACAUGAGGCUGACCAAGAGCGCAUUCUCUUACUUUCAAAAGCUGGGUUCCCUGUGAACAGGAUAGUAAAGGUAUUGGAGUUAGAAAAGGGUGUUCAACCUGGACAGUUGCCUUUCAUUGAGAAAGAUGUCAGGAAUUUUGUUAGGACUUGUAAGAAGGCAGUUCAGGAAAGUGAUGCAUUGCUAACUGAGAAAAGAGAGAAUGAUAUGUUGGAACUUGUUGAGUCCUGCAAGGCUAUGUCAGUAAGGGAUGCAGAUUUUAUUUAUGAGUAUACCACUGAUGAACAUGGGAGAGUUGAAAAUAUUGCAUGGUCAUGUGGAAAGUCUGUACGUGCAUUUACAGUGUUUGGUGAUGUAAUUUAUCUCGAGACAAGUUAUCGUUCACUUACUCAUGGAUUGCUUCUUGGGGUGUGGUUUGGUAUUGAUAAUCAUGGGAAAGCAAUUGUGUUGGGGUGUGUUUUGCUACAGGAUGAAAGUUCUCAUUCGCUAUCUUGGGCUUUACAGAGUUUUGUUCAAUUUAUGAGAGGAAGACAUCCACAGACUAUUCUAACCGAUAUUGAUUCAGGGCUCAGAGAUGCUGUAGCAAGGGAGUUACCCAAUACCAAACAUGUUAUUUGCAUAUGGCAUGUCCUGUCAAAAAUAUCCAGUUGGUUGUCUUUGCCUCUUGGAUCACAAUAUGCUGAAUUUAAAUCUGAUUUUGAUAUGUUGUGUCAUCAUGAGAAUAUAGAAGAGUUUGAACAUCAAUGGAAUCUCUUGAUUGCUCGGUAUGGGCUUGUUUCAGAUAAGCAUAUUGCAUUACUUUAUUCAUUUCGAGCAUCCUGGUCAUUUUCCUACAUUAGAAGUUACUUCCUGGCUUGUAUGAUGACAACAGAGUUUUCACAAUGUUUAGAGUCAUGCAUGAAAAGAAUUUUGAGUGUACAGACAUGUCUCCAAGUAUUCUUUGAUCAGGUUAGUAUUGUCGCAGACUCUGGGAAUCAAAUCAGAGAUCGCAUGCAAUAUGUGCACAUCAAGACUUGCAUGCCAAUUGAAGAACAUGCUCGAAGUAUUCUAACACCUUUUGCUUUUCACCUCUUGCAACAUGAAAUUGCAUUGUCCAUGCAAUAUGCAACCACAGAAAUGGCAAAUGGAUCUUAUAUUGUGAGGCAUUACAAGAAAAUGGAUGGAGAGUGUCUUGUGAUUUGGAUUCCUGACGAUGUGCAAAUUCAUUGUUCCUGUAAAGAAUUUGAACAUUCAGGGAUAUUAUGCAGGCACGCUCUUCGAGUGCUUUCAGUGAAGAACUUCUUUCAACUCCCAGAUAAAUAUCUUAUGCUUCGUUGGCGUUUAGAGAGUUCCUUGGUUCUUAUGAAUGAUCACAACUUUCCAAGCAGCAGUGACGAUUGUGCUCAAGCCUUUCAUUCGCUAGCUGAAACUAUAUGGACAGAGUCAUUGGCUGCCAAGGAGCGGUUUGAUUAUGUUCAUAGAGAACUUAAUGUGCUUCUUGAGCAUGUUCAAAAUAUGCCAGUGGCUGAUGAAUAUGCUUCACAUAUGACAGCUAACGUCAGCGACUCUUAGGUUUUUCUUUAAGCACAUAGUGGAUGAAAUAAAUGCUUCCCAUGGAACCGUGUUUCUACAAAGAUUAAGGAUUCCUAAUAGUCGAAAUGAUGGGGUGGAGGCACCAAAAAGUGGUUUUUUUACUAACAUCAAUAAUUUCGUACUCAGAAUAUCUGCAAACAAGAUAUCCAGGGAAAUUCAGUUUCUGAUCAAAGCUGGAAAGCCACUUUGGAUUCCUGGAGGUUCAGGUCUCGUUUUCAUUCUUUAUCUACAUUGAUAUUUAUCUGAAUGUUUAUAAAGGGGAGGAGUGGGAACUGAUCUUUGAUAGUGUAAAUUUUGAAAAGCAUUUUGUUUUUUGUUGAUAAAUUCCUUGGAAUGUUCACUGAGCGCCUCAUUUUGACAUGGUGAUUCUAUUGAUAAUUGAUUGAUGAAAUGAAGCAUCAGAAGGAUCUGAAUUUCAAGAACAACCUCAUUUUUUA